AUGGCCAGCACGAAGCCGCUGACUGCGCUCGCGCGCGCCCGACCGACGUCCUCGCUCCUACAGCAGACAGCGCGAACACCUGCCACCAGAAUCGCCGCCUUCAGCACAACCACCCCGCGCUUCGCAACGCCGUCCGGGCCACCACCCGCAGGCUUCCGUCUCCCGAAGCCCGUACGAUGGGACCAAGGCAAGGAAAGCAGCCUCGACAAGGCGGGGCGAUAUUUCCUGAUGACGGAGAUGAUGCGCGGGAUGUAUGUGGUGCUGGAGCAGUUUUUCAGACCGCCCUACACGAUCUACUACCCCUUCGAAAAAGGCCCCAUCUCGCCUCGCUUCCGCGGCGAGCACGCCCUGCGCCGAUACCCGACCGGCGAGGAGCGCUGCAUCGCCUGCAAGCUGUGCGAGGCCAUCUGCCCGGCGCAGGCCAUCACGAUCGAGGCCGAGGAGCGCGAGGACGGGGCCCGGCGGACGACGCGCUACGACAUCGACAUGACCAAGUGUAUUUAUUGUGGCUUCUGCCAGGAGAGCUGUCCUGUGGAUGCGAUCGUUGAAUCACCCAAUGCCGAAUACGCUACUGAGACGAGAGAGGAGCUUCUCUAUAACAAGGAGAAGCUGUUGAUGAAUGGCGAUAAGUGGGAGCCGGAGCUAGCGGCGGUGGCGAGGGCAGAUGCUCCAUAUAGGUAA